AUUAGAGACAUCCGACUUUGGGAGAUGUCUCGUCACAUGCGAACCGGAGAUGCGGAGGCGUUGCGGCCGCUUCUUCUCGCCGGAGAUCACCUGCCAAGCGAGCUGGACUCAGACGAAGGUGAAAUCAUUUUUGACAGGAGCGCGUCAAACAUCAAACGUGAAGCCGGGGGGAGUGCAAACAGAAGGUUAACAUAUGAGGAAGCAGUGGAGGAAGCAGGUUUUGGUUUGUUUCACUGGCUACUGUUGGUGGUUUGUGGCUGGGCCAACGCCAGCGACGCUGUGGAGAUUCUCUGUGUGUCUUUUCUCCUGCCAACGGCGCGCUGUGAUCUGCUGCUGAGCUCUUCAGACAUGGGCCUGCUGACAGCCAGCAUUUUCCUGGGAAUGAUGGUGGGUGGCUAUAUGUGGGGGUACUUGGCCGACCAGAGGGGGCGUCGCAGAGUCUUGGUUGUGUCCCUGACAGUAAACGGGGUGUUUGGAGCUCUGGCCAGCGUGGCUCCGUGGUUCUGGCUCUUCUUGCUGCUGCGGUUCAUCAGCGGCAUCGGGGUCGGCGGGUCGAUCCCUGUUAUCUUCUCCUACUUCUCCGAGUUUAUGCCCCGACUGAGGAGAGGGGCAAUGAUCAGCGCCCUUGCCACCUUCUGGAUGGCAGGAAACAUCCUGGCUGCAGGUCUGGCCUGGCUGGUGAUUCCCAGGACCUGGGCACGUUUUUCUCUGGGAAAACUGGACUUCCAGAGCUGGAGACUAUUUGUGGUGCUCUGUUCCGUUCCCAGCCUCACCUCAGCCCUCCUCUUCGGGCUGCUCAUGCCUGAAAGCCCCAAGUUCCUCAUGGAGGCUGGUCGGGAGAAGGAGGCGAUCCACGUUUUCAGAUUGAUGUUUGAGCUGAACAUGAAGGGAAGGGGAAAGGCUUUUCCGGAAUUUGGUUUGUGUACGAGCUCCAGGCAAAGAGGGGAACUGGAGGAGUACGGAACUUGGGGUUCAUGUAGAGAGCGACUCGCCAGCGUUUUAAAGAAGGGCUUGGAGCCCAUGAAACAGAUGUUUAGGGGUUCACUCAAAUCCAGGAGCAUCACUCUGCUCAUCAUCUUCUACUGCAUCUCCUUCAGUUACUACGGGCUGUGGAUGUGGUUCCCGGAGCUGUUUGCGAGAGUUGAGGACGGCGGCUCGCCCUGCGCCAACGUGUCCCUCCCGUCGCCGCUUCGCAACCAGAGCUGCUACCCGGUCAAGACAGCAGUGUACGUGGAGGGCUUCGUCGUCGCUGCAUCAAACCUGCCCGGCAACAUCUUCACCAUCCUGGUGAUGGACAGCACCGGAGGAAAGGCGCUGCUGUCCUGCAGCCUGGUGGUGUCCAGUCUGAGUGUCUUCCUCAUCUACGUGGUCCAGACCAGAGACCAGAGUCUGCUCCUUUCCUGUGUCUUCAGCGGCGUGUCCGUGAUCGCCUGGAACGCCCUGGACGUGGUGGGAACGGAGCUCUACCCGACGCAGCUACGGUCCUCUGCUCUUGGUUUCUUCACCGGCGUGGGCCGAGUGGCAGCGAUCACGGGCAACGUAGUCUUCGGAAAGUUGGUGGACACGAACUGCGCCGUACCGGUCCUGCUGGUCUCCGCUCUGCUGAUGACCGGAGGACUGGUGGCUCUUCUGCUCCCACAGACCCGGCAGACCGAGCUCACCUGAUCGCGAGUAAUUUUAGAUCACUAAAUUAUCAGCAAACACCCUCUUCGUGUCCUUUAAAAGAAGGAGACAGGAGGAUUUCUGCCUUUUGAAGUUCUCUGAUCGCACACAGCUCCUGUUUCUGCCAACAGAGGAUGUUUGAAUCCUUUGCCUUCUGUCAUCUCUCUGUGCCUUUUGUGGUGCCUCAUUUAAAAUUCCAGCAAAAAGAAAAAAAUAUCAAAAGGACAGCAGGCCCUCUCCACCUUCCAAGAAAUAUUAUUCAGGAAAAGUGAGUGAGGAGAAGAAGAAAUGCAAUUGUACUACAGUAUAUAGUGUGAGCUCGUGAGAAUUCAAGUCCUUAUCAAACAAGCUAUGAACCUUCAAGGACGCCUUUAAAAAGUUUUUCAGUCUCUAAACUUCUAAGUCUUGUCUUCGAAGUCAAAAAAGCAGUUUGAGCUUCAAGGCUGUCGUCGGCCUCAUUUAUGAAAAGGAGUGUAUUUGUCACCUUGACAGAGAAGGCUCUCGAAGGAUGUUUCAGGCUUUAAUGUUGUGUUUGUUUAUUUAUUUGGUUACUCAAGAGUUCUAGGUUUGCUAUUAGUUAAAAAACGUGUCUCAAAAAAUAUCUGCAGAAAACACUGCGCGUUCCACAUCUUUCCUGUUUUACUUUGUAAAGGCCUUUUGUUUUUCAGGCUCACUGACCUGGAAUGUAUAAACACACGCCUGCAACUUUGAGCUUGCAAUCUCUCAGUCUAAAAACAAACUGAAAGGACUCCCAUAAGUGUGCUUUUUUAAACUCCAAAGCAUCCAUCCAUACGUACAGUAGAUUUUGAGUCGUGCAUUCAUUGAAAAGUGUCAGUCUGCGCCAAAUCUGUCAUGUCCUCCACAAACUGGAAUCACACUAGUGAACCAAAGAUUGCUCAUUUCCCGACUUCUUCAGGUACAAACGACCAAAUCUUUGUAUCCGCCUGAGAGAUAAGCUCAUUUUCCCACCGGUGAUCUUGCAGAUGUCUCUGUUUUCAGGGAAGGUUUCACAUUACUUUGCGACUACUGAAGCACUUUAAAAAUAAAUACAUGAAUGAAUAGACACUACUUCUUUCAUCUCA